CGUUUGAUUGAUUUAUCGUCAUCGAGAUUUACUGUUUACACUUUAUCUUUCAAAGUCUUCGUUUAGUUUCAGUGGACAAGCGACUUUCUUGGGAAAAUACUUUCCUUCUGUAAUUUUAAUAAUGUACAGUAAUUGUCUGCAAACAGUAUGCAGUGACUUCAUCUAAGCUUUCAAGGUCGAUACGUCAACUUCAUCCAUCAACGUUGUCACUGGAAUCUGUACAGUACAGUAUGCUGUAUUAGAAUAAAUAUCUAUAGAAGUAGUCGUAUUGUAGGGUAGUAAUCUAAAUUUGGGAUAUCUACCGUCCAGUGAAUAGAAGAUCACAACUCACAAGUCACGAAGAAACCUGCUGGAAACCCACGGGACAACGGCAAAAUAUAUCGCGGUUGCUUGUCCAUUAUAAAACGGCACCAUGGGAGAUUACAGAGAUGCAGAAGAGAAUUGCAGCUGUGAUGUGGGGAUGGCGAGUUCCUCGCUGGAUCUCAAGAGUAAACCACGAGUGCUAGUCACGGGAUUUGGCCCGUUUGGGGAGCACACAAUUAAUGCCAGUUGGGAAGCUGCCCAAGAGUUGAAAUUAUUCACGGAUUUGACCGACGCCGUCGAUUUAAUUGUGGAGAGAAUUCCCGUUGUCUAUUCCGAUGUGUCUUCCACCGUUCCAUCGUUAUGGGAAAAAUACUCUCCUGAUCUGGUCAUUCACUGCGGCGUCUCGGCCUUUAUUGCUUGGAAGAACAUCAUUCAAGUUGAACGAAAAGCGCAUUCCUUUGGCUAUCAGCGUCCGGAUGUUUGUGCAGCUGUUCCUGUCAAUGGUUGGUGUCGUGAGGAUCACGGAGAGCAGUGUUUGCGAACGCUGAUUGACCUGGAGACAUUGGUGGCCGGCGAAGAAGGACGAUGCGAGGAUUCAGUCCUGUCGUGCCAGAUUUCCGAUGACGCUGGACGUUAUCUGUGCGAGUUCAUUUACUACACCAGCCUGACGAUCGAUCCCACUCGGACCCUGUUUAUUCAUGUUCCGCCGCUGUAUAAGCCGUUCAGCCCGCGGGAGAUUGGUCGCGCUGUCAAGAAUGUCAUCCUUAAAGUUGUGGGAAAGAACACCGCGGUCGAUGCCAACGGAAACGUGGCUGUGGCCACGGCAGCUGUUGCUGCGCGAAAUUAACCUGUCUGGCUGGUUUUCCAUGGUUUACGUCUUCUGUUCGGUCGUUGUUUUGUAUUCAGUUGCAUUAGUACGGUGGCAUUUUCGUUAUUAAGAUUUUGUGAUUACUAUGAACUGGAUCUUUUAUAGUUGAUGGAUUAUUCAAUCAAGGUCAUGAUUUUGUGUUAUCGCAGUAAAAAGACUGUAUUAAAUGUAAUAAAUG